AGUUCCGGGCUGUAUACUUUGUAUCAUUGAUAAGUUCUGCAGGCAGUUAGAAGCAUUCAUUGCAGGAUGUCUGUGUGGCUGAGCCGCCUGUGUGUGUCAGUGAGAUCAGUGAGAGCCCAGCAUGUAGGCUCUGGGUUCAGGAGGAGCUCGCACUCUCUGGCAGGACCAAGCAUUAAGCUUUCCAGGAAAUUACAAUACCCAGGACACAGCACCAGGAGCAGCAGGCAGGGCGAGAUACGUCUAAUAGACACAAAUCUGACUUUGAACUUGCAUCACACCUGUGGCUUUUCAACAAGCGUUGGCAAAACUAUCCAAUAUGAAGAACUUAAAAACUUGGUGAAAGAAGGAGUUAUCCAUAUUGAUGUGCGGGAACCGUGGGAAGUAAAAGAGUAUGGCGUAAUAAAGGGAUCAAUAAACAUCCCAAUUGGUGAACUAGUUGCUGCAUUGCAGAUGAGCCCCGGUGACUUUGAGGAGAAAUAUCAUCAGAAGCUGCCUGAUAAGUCAGACACAGUAGUAUUUUCAUGUCUGGCUGGAAUUCGAAGCAAGAAAGCAUUGGAUGUAGCAAGCUCAUUAGGAUUUAAUCAAACUUACAAUUAUGGUGGUGGCUUUCAGGACUGGGCAAGACAUGAACCGCCACAAAAGAAGUGAUCUGUAUUUUGGAUAUUUUUGAGCUCCACUAGAACCAUAGUAUUUUGUCACUGCGCAGCAUGAUCAGAGAAGAAAAAUAAGAAAUGUUAUUUGUACACAAGACACUUAUCAUUGUUAUGACCGGUAAAGGAAAAGCUAUAUGUAGAAUUUGAAUAGCAGCAUUGUAUGUCAUGUUUUACUGUUUGGGAUCAAGUUUCAUAUAAACGUAUUGGGGCCUAUUUACUAAAUCAGUAUUAAGUUAUACGCCAAAAUAAUGUAGCUGAAAAAAAAAAAGUUUUCUACAGUUUAAAUGUUUGGGACAAAAAGAUGCAAUUCCCGUGGAUAAACUGAUGUAAUUAAUGCUGUUCUAUGCAUAUACAAUUAUAGCAAAGAAUGUAUAUUGACUGUUGGGGCAGUGCAGACUUUUCUUUU